GUCUCUAAGGUGCCACAAGUACUCCUUUUCUUUUAACUCUCUCCAUGCAUUACAUAGGGAGCCUGAUGCCUAACUUGGGGUUAUGAAUUUCACUUGGCAACAGGACACAUAAAAGUUAGGCGCUGCAAUGCUCAGUGUUGUAAUGUCUAGGUCUCCCUUGUGAAUCUCACCUCACAGCAGGGGCGCCGAAACGACGAGAAGGGAAGGGGGGACCAAGAGACAAUGGCUCUCCCACUUCCUGGAAGUGGACGGGUCUGUCCUGUCCACUCUUCGACCGAGCUCAGCUCCCUGCCCCUUCUCUUCCUCCCCAAGGCCCUGCCUCCCGACCAGGCUGGAAGCUGGAGUCUGGACCGGGUAAGCAUGGCCCAGGGAGCUGUGGGGAGGCGUGGACCCUGCAACUGCCCGGAGCAGGGGGGCCCUGAGAGCAGUCCCAGCCCAUGCCCCCUCCCCCCCGGUCCCUCGCCCAGGGUAGGUGGAGGGUCCAGGUGGCUCUUUGGCCCCUGAUAGCCCACUUCAGGCCAGGCUGAAAGCUGGAGCCAGGUCAAAGUAAGAGCCAUGUGGAUAGCUGUGGGUCGCUGCAGAUACUCCAUAGGUUCUGGGCGGGGAGCCCAGGGGCAGGGACAUGGGUUGGGGGCUGCUCUUGGGCCCCCCCACCCUGGGGAGGUGAAGGGACCUGGGCUCCCCAGCCAGGAUCCGGCUUGCAGCCUCAGAGAGAAGAGAGAGAUAGGGCCACAAAGGGUGCAGGGCCUUGUGGCCCCCCCCACUUUUAGGCAGAAUCUGUUGCCCCUGCCUCACAGACUCCUUCAAAAGGGGCAUCAUAAACAGAUACUACUAUGCAUGUCAGUGGGUUCUUUUUAAUAUUAAUUUCAUUAUUUCAAAAUUAUAUGAAGAAAAAUUCCAGAGGUAAUUCAUAUGAAUAAAAACUAAGACCUUGCUCUAGAAAGCAAUUAAGCCUAAGGGCUAAAUUCAGUGGGACUACUAGCAGAGUGAGUACUGCUAAAACAAAGACUGGUCCACACUAAAAGUUAGGUUGACCCAGCUACAUCACUCAGGGCUAUAAAUAUCCACAUCUUUGAGUGAUGUAAUUAAGGCAACCUAACUCAGGUCAAUUUUUGAAAAGAGAACCUGUAUUACAUCACAGGCCUCUAUGCUCACUUUGGGUAUAAAAUUAUUCUUCUUAAAACAGACAUGUAGAAAACAUUAUUUUUUCAAUGAAGUAAACAGAAAAAGUAAAAACUAAUUACCAAGCACUGCAUUGGAUUAAAUCUUGGGGCCUCCUCAGGAUAAAAGCAACAAGAACCACUGGAUUAUAGUGUAACUGUCAAAUGUCCUGUUUUUAGUUUAUUGCUUAAACAUACAAUUAUUUAAUAUACAAAUGCUAUCAUGUGAUGCAAGUCAAUUUUUCCUCCAGCAAUAUAUCAGGGAAAAAACAAAUGAUGAAUUCACUUAAAAUGUUGAAUGUAAUAUGUGAGAGAAUAUUAUAAUGGCUCAUAUAUACGACAAAACAGAAACAUGAUACCCUGGAAAAUGCACACACUAUUCAUAGUAUGUUUACUCCCGGGCAGAUUGGCCUUUGCAUAUGGGUGGACCGUAUGAUUCUGUCAAAACUGAAACCUGAUAAACUCUUGCCUCCUGCUUUUACACUGAGUCAAUGAUUGCACAUGACACAUAAAAAAGGGAUAUAACUAUGCAGGCAUUACUUUUGUUGUUUAUUUUAUUGGUCCAUAGUAAAUAACAUAUGUAAUUGCUAUGUAUUUUUAGCAUUUUUUCAUAUAUUUUUAAAAUAUUUGAUAUGAAGUUCAGAUUGCAAUGGUUUAUAGUAGAGCUGAGAGAAUAAUUUAUGGCAAUUUAUUUGGUUGAUUUAGCUUCUUUUUCUGCUCAUGACAUGCAUAUGAGCAGAUUGUGAUUUCCUCAAAUGUAUUCAUCAUAUGAGUUCAUUCAAUGAAUAUCCUUUUAGUUUUUUUACUCAAAAAUUGUUUAUGUAUAGUGGAAAUUUGAGUUGUGUUAGUCACAAUCGGUCAUGUUAUUGUUUCUCAUCCUUGACUGGUAUGAAUACCUGUAUGUAUGAACUUAACAUUUGGUUCCUGUGAGCAUUCAAAGGUGCAACUUUGAAAUUUUCUUCCCAUAAAUUUUUUUUUGCCCAUAAAACUUGUUUGAAUUGUUCACAGAAAUGGAAUACAAAUGAGUUAUGAACAUUGCUAAGAUGAAUUCGUCAACAAAUAUCUGCCAAACUUUUUGAAUUAUUUCCCUAGCUCUAGGUUAUAGUAACACCUGUCUCCAAACAUUUCAAGCAUGCUCUGCAGCUAGUACUAAUUUAGUAUUCAGGAAAUGUCAGUGGACCUGGUAAUUUGGAUUGCAGUUAUACUGGUAUAAAUCCAAGGUGGUGUCACUGUUUUUAACAGAUUCAUUCUGUAUUUACACCAGUGUAACAGAGAGCAGAAUUUUUUGUCCAUCAUGUCUGUUUAAGUUCUAUGUUUUUGGUGCAGGGACUGUUUUUUCCUAUGUAUUUGUACAGUGUCUAAUGCAAUGACCUGAUCUCAGCUGGGAAUUCUAGAUGCUGCUGUAAAUAAUAAAUACAUUUUUAAAAAUUAAACCAAAUAUUAGUCUUAAUGGGCCAAACUCUGCUUGUUUUACUUCCACAAGAUUCCCACUUAAGUCAAACUUCAGUGUUCAGACCACUUCAACACUGAUGGCUCAGAGACCAUAGGUGCUGGAACUAAGGGUGCAAGGGGUGCUGUACCAUCCCCUGGCUUGAGGUAGUUUCCAUUAUAUACAGGGUUAGAGUUUGGUUCAAUGGCUCUCAGCACCCCCACUAUGAAAAUUGUUCCAGCAUCUCUGGUUCAGACUGACACCAUUGCAUAGCUUACUCCUAGCCACCUCACAAUCUUGGGGAUGGGAGAAGGGAAUAAUGUAUUACACAUUUCCUAAGUGAUAUAAAAUGCUUUGUUUUGAUGUUCUGCUCAUGUAUUGUACAUAAAGGGCUGCUUUCAGCCCCGGAUUACACUGGCUCCUGCCAGUAUAACUAAAACUCAGGGCCUCCCCUGUGAAAAGGUCAUCUGAAUGGGAGUUGUAGUGACAGAGGACAUCCACAAACCUUGCACUAUUAAGAGGUCUUCAGUCAGCCAGGGGAGAAGCCAAAGUUGAUGGCACUGGCUGGGGCAUUUAAACAGCCAGGUAAGCAUUGAAUCCGCAUCUCUGUUGCCCAGGCUCCCAUAGAUCCUUGAUCACAAACUGAAGCUACUUUCCUCUGACAGAAACUUGAGGGGGCGAAAGGGGGUGAGCAAUGCAAAAUAUACCUGGCCCUCCUCCAGAAAUGAAUCACUUUUGUAGCACCACAGCACUUAUGGUACCUGGCAUUGUCUCUAUUUUCUGUCUUUUAUUAAAAUAACACUUUUUAAAAUACAUAUACAAAAAAGGAGAUAUGCACUGAAUACAGUGCUAUCCAUUGCAUAUAAUCCUUACUUACCUGAUGAAAACUUCAGAAAUUAAAUUACAUGUAAAGUAUUAAAAAGAAUGCAGCUUCGACCCUUAAUUUUGGUUGCCUCAAACAGAUGUUACUGCAUAAUUCAAUGUUCAGCAUGUGAAUAGAAGACUAUGCUUUAUGCCAGUAUGAGCCCCCAAAAGGACAACACAAAGCAAUCUUCAGCCAUUUAUUCUGGGAAAAAUAUGAGGCAAUGCUGUGGAUGAUAAAGGAGAAUGGUUGGGAAUGGAAUGCGUAGGAGUAGAAAGUGAAUUGUGGUGCACCAAUCACCAUUUAGGGCAUUGUGAGAGAUGGGAUGAACCUGGUCUGUAAUGUCUCGUGCUGUGCAGUCUCUGUGUUAAACUAUAUUGGGACAAAGAACAAUGCUGCACCUUUAGUAGAACCAAAAGAGGCUGUUUAGAUGGUGGGAGAGUUUCCCUGAAAGUAUUCAGUAACAUUGAAAACUGGGGUUAGAAGCUAACAUUAUUUAUUGUUUUGUCACAAUGGUACUUAAAUUCGUGGAUGUGAAGGGGCCAGACCCUCCAAUUUUUUUAGGUUGUGACUUGGAAAGCACUCCUAUUCAGGAAAGCACUUGUGCACCUGCUUAAAUGCUUUUCUGAACUGAGGCCUCUCAUAAGUAAUUCUUAUUUAGACAGCUCACGCUGUUGAAGCCAGUAAGACUACUUGCAUAAGUAAGGAUUAGUCAUUUUAGCAAAGUGUACAGGAUCGGCCCAUCUUUAUUCUCUUAAUAAAGAUCUGUGGGGAUGGAGCGGAAUUUACAGUAUGCAAUCCUAUGUGUUCCUUGUGUCUAGUCCUUGAAUUGUCAAUAAAAUGCAGCAUUUUGGAAAUUUGGAAGUUUUGUUGCUUGGUAUCUGCUUUGGCCAUAUUUCAACAAUCCCACUAACAGGUAGCGCAAACUAUUUGAUAUUUACGUUCACUGAUAAGAUCUGACCAAGAAGUGAGUGUGUCAAUGACAAGUGGCACAAACAUGACAAAGAAUCUGACAGAAGAGGAGGUAAACAAUAUCAACAAUGUAACUGCUUUCCUGAUAGGAAAAUGCAAUGUUAAUCCUGUAAAAUGGUCAAGGUAGAAAGAUCAACACAUAAGUAAGCUUGGCAGAAUUCAUUUUUUUUUAUAAUUUUGAUGGAUAUUUUACUUUAAAGCUUUUUUAUAUUUUUAUUGAUUUAUAUUUUCAUAGUUGCAUAAAAUGAUGAGGGAGUCAGACAAUAAUUAUUUAAUGACAGAUGCUGAGAUUCAAAAAGUUAAAGAUUUAUAACUGUUAAAACACAAAUUGUCAACAUCAAAUCUCAAAAUACAUGAAGUAAAUAUUCUUAAAUCACACUCUAAUAAGUUUUUAAGCAGCAUUCUCCCCCUGCUUUGCCUAUUUGUAAAUUUCAAUUAUCAUCAAUGGAAAUAUUUUUUCAUUGGUUUGUGUGUGUAUGGUGCAACUGACACUUACCAACAUUUAUUUAUAAAAAUCUAAUCCUUCGAAGACUACUGAUAAAUUAUUACUGUAAAAUUCUAGUAAUCACUUUCUAUACAGGUCAGGGAAUAUAUAUAUAUAUUUAAUAUCAAUUAGUGUAGGAUUUUAGAAUUCUUAAAUGAAACUCUGGUUUAUAAAACCAUUUGCUUUAACAGGACGAGUGCUAUCUCAGUUCUUAAUCCUCUUUCAAAACACCUGUGGAAGGAGAGGGAAAAUGUUCUCAACCACACUUUUUUUUGACUCCCUGAUAAACAUGUUCAGUUCAGUUGCUGUUUCUUACACACAGCACUGUAGUUUUCCUCGCUUUUCAUUAUGUAAUCUUUGCUUCUUUAAAUCUGGGUGCUCUCUCUCACUACAGGAAACCACUGUAACGUUGUGUAACACUGCUAAAUAACUCCUCUCCAAAGUGAAAAGUGGCAUGGAAGGUCUUAGGCUGAGUUGGAAAUAUUUUUAUUUUUAUAGAAUUAAAAAAAAUAUUUUAAAAUGUACUGGUUUUAUGUAAAUAUAACUCAGAAAUGACAACUUAAAAACAAAUAAACCCUGAAAUUUGACAGGCAGCCAGCCUAUAAUAAAGUUUAAUCACCUUUGUCAACCUGGAAAAUAAACAUGACACAUACUGUUACAAAUUGGAUUGGAUCUCUCAUUUCUCACCAUACGUUUUGAAAAGAGUUUUUAAACUACAGACAACAUUUUUAUGUGAAUGUAUGGUAUAUCAUACAAAUUAUACAUGCUGGCCCUAAAUUUAGUCUCAUACUGGUUUUACCCCACUGUUGCAGGGUAGAUACACCCCAUCAUGGAGUGUUCAGUCAUGUGUGACAAAUAAGGGGUUCUGGCUCAAAUAGCUAGAGUAGGCAUUGCCAACCUAGCCUACAAAGCAGGUCAGUGCUGCCUAGUAGCCAGAGUCCUUGGGGCUAUCCUUGCUCUCAGAGGAGAGUGGCCUAAUAGCCAAAAUCCUUGUACAGUUCCCACGCCCUGCAGUAUGUGUGGGGCAUGAUGCGGGGACCUGGGCCCAACCUUCUGCAAUGGCUCCUGACCCAGAGCCCUGUGAAACCAGUGAUCCAUGAUUUGGCUCAGUUUCCUAUUUUAACAGUUACUUUCCCUGGGUCGCUUCAUAUCAAGUUCCUAUCAACUGCUUUGUCAGUUUUCCUGGGGGCGUCGGCCUUCUGGCUCACUCUUGUCCUUCAGGGUCAGCAGGGGUUCUGCCAUCGAUCCCACUGGCUCGGCCUCCGUAGUCUGUAGCUCCAGCCAUGCCCUGGCAGGAGCUAGCAACACGUAUCCACUCUCCUCCUCAGCCAGCACAAACUGAGCUGGGACACACCCUUUUAUAGCCUGUCUCCAGGUUGAGCAUGCCUAGCAGGGGCAAGAGGACAUGGCCUCUUCAGCCCACAGUGUGAGGUUGACCCCAGCAGGAUCAGUGCUAGGUAGACACAUACCAUUGCACCCAGCUUAACUCUACUGACUUCAUUUAUUGUUUUUCUUGAUCAAAAUCUGUUUUUAUAGAAGCAGUGAGCUACAUUUAAAAAACAUUAACAUUGCCCGUCUUGAUUUAAAGAUAAUGCAACAGCAACAGAUCUACUGGCGGGAAGGUGAAAGCAACCCUGCCUCAGUGGGCUCCUUGAGAUUCAACAGAGUGGUGGGGUUAGUAAUGUUUUAAGUGUCUAGCUUUGUACUGUAUUACAUCUAAUCAUUUAUUUUAAAAAAAAAACAAGUUGGAAAGAAACAAAAAGCCACAAUGCCCAACUACCUAUUUAGGUACUUAUAUUCUUCCCUUACUAUAGUAUUCACUGUCUGAGGGGUGAGUGAAGGGCAGCAAUGCUGGCAAGGUAAUUUUUUAGUAGCUGGGAUCCAAGAAUGUCGGAUUUGAAACCUAUUUUUUGCUAGCAAAACCAAGAAAUUAUAACAUAAGGACCACUAAACUCAUACUCUUUAAAUAUAUAAACAUAAAAUUAUGAGAAUUAAGGAUGAACUGUCAGCUGCUACUGGUGAAUUUUGUGAUUUAUUAUUCCAUGUCAAAAGUACAUUAUUAAAUGUACUGCUGCUAGUAAGGACAAACGGGAUCUUCUAAAAUUUGGAGUUGCCAAUUUGUAGGCAGUGUUGAAAUGCAGUCAUGCAUCAUCCUUUGUGAUCUUUUCUCUAAGAAAACAUCUUUAUUUUAAUUUUAAAUAGAACUUAAACUUCUGUGUUCCUUGGAAUAUACUGCCCUUUGUAUGUGUAUCUUGGAACCGAUGUCUUAUUGGGAGGGGAAAGUAAAGCCCUAUUAAGUUAUGUGGCCUUGGGGUUUGCUGAGAAAAGAAAUAUUAAAUGUGUUAAUUGUUAAUUUAAAAAUGUAAUUAUCUCAAAGUCUUGUACUGGCACACAAUAUAAAAUAUAUAUUCUGCAAAAACAGAAGCAACUUAAGUCAAUGUAUAUUGGCCAAAAGGGAAGAUGGUGAAGCUACACCAGCAAUCACUUUGGUCCUCACUCCUUUCAGGCUGCUUUUACUACAGAGCAACAACUGGUUGUCAGGAAGAACAGAAUGCCUGUGUUGGAAGAACUGUCUUUUAAUUUAUCCCAUAGAUUUUGUGUGCAUGAGGAAAGGACAUUAAAUCAUGCUUUUGUAUGUUCUAAAUCAAGGGCUGGCUCAGACUGACAAGACUGCAAAGAGUCUGUUAUGCUGAUGUUGAUUGUUCUGUGUAUGUCAGGUGGGUGUGUGGAGUAGUUCAAUGGCCUUGUUGCUGCUUACAGCUGUCAGUCAGCAACAGCAAGUAGUGUGGAUCUCCAUGCGGUCAGGGAGAAAUCCAAAGCCAAGAUACAAGGUGGUAGCAACAGAUGCUAUCGGUGUGCAUCAGAUCAGACAUUGCAUAGUCCAACACUGCUGGCGGGAAUUCUCUUUCUGAGGGGGUUGGAAGCUGGCUCUUACCAACCCUAAAACCAAUUGUCCAUGAAGGAGCUCUCAGGGAAAGCUUUCCCUUUCAAAAUAAAGCCAGACAACAAAGUCACUCACAUGUUAAGAGAAAGCUACCACAGCAGACUGAUGAUUUUGAUAGAAAAUAAAUGCCACUGAUAGAGGAUGUGCGUGCUUGCAUUUGCAUGUCCUUCUGUAUCUACCUUAGGUACCUGUAUAGCUCCCAUUACCAUAGUCUUUGAAUACCUCACAAUGCUUAAAGAGACAAGGUGGGUAUUUUUUAUUAGACCAACUUCUGUUGAUAGUUGUUUUGUGUUUCCUAGAUGAUUUCUAGGUAAGUUUCCUGAUUUUUUUUCUUCCAGUAGGCAGGUGCAUGUGAUGAUUUCUUGUCUGAGAUGGCCCAUUCUGGAGUACAUAAGGUGCAGUAAAUGGUUCUUCAGUUUUUCACUCACCUUGUCUCUCCAAUAUCCUGGGACUAACACAGCUCCCCCACCACGGCAUACCACAGUCCUUAAUGUAUUACUGUAAUCCUCACAACACACCUCUGAGGCAGGGAAGCCCUGCUACAUCCAUUUUACAGAGGAAAGCAGGGGUGCGGGAACAAUUUGUAUAGUAGGGGUGUAACAGCCGCUGAACCAAACUGUAAACCCUGUAUAUGAUGGAAACUCCUUCAAGGCAGGGGGUGCAGCACAUAUGGGGGGAACCCAGACACAGCCAGAUAAGUGAUUUGCAGCAGCUCUAGGUUUGUGACAGAGCAGGGAAUCAAAGCCAGGUCUGGCGAGCCCCUAACCUAGCCCAUCCUUCCUGUCAUUUAGUUUUAGUACCUGAGUAAUGGUGGGUAACACCCAGAGAACCGAUUGCACGCAAUAAAUUGAAUGCCUUGCAGUGAUAAUUGCCAAAUGACUACAGGGCGGCAGUCCAAGGGAAGCCCGCCUAGGAAUCAGUGCAACGUGCAUGCACGCAGCGCUGGAAACAGACGGCUACAGCCAGGCGAGUCCCGUUGCUGCAAAACCCUGGAGCAAACUCCAAAGCUGCUUCUCUGCUCAUUUGGUAGUAAACAAAACCUGCUGCCUGCUCCGGCUGGAGGCACCGCACCACCGAGCCAGGCUCACGCAAACACUCUCCCCUCAGUGACUUACCGGCAGCCACACACACGAAAACCCCUCAUGGAAAAUUGGCCUCUGCAUAAUACGACAGGCAAAUCGUUUCCGAAGCGGCGUGGGGCGCCCAUUGGCUCGGGCGGGCCCGUCAAUCACAGGGCGCAGGACGGGGGAGGAGGCGGGCCCCGCCGCGGCUGCGGGGCGGGCGGGAGUUCCAGUAAGUCAGCGCCGGGCCGCUGCUGAGUCGCUGCUGCCCCGGCCGCGUCCCGCACGCUCAACAGGCAGCUGCGCGACCACGGGGAGCGGGCCAGGCUGCAGCCGCCCUCAGCCCUGCGGACCCCCCACGGCCGCGCUGGCGGGUGCCCCGGCCGGGCAGCGCCGUCCCUCCCCGGGAGCCUUGAUGAAGUGGCGGAGCUAAGUGUCCUUCUCCCUCCCCCGUCUCCGGGCUCCUGCCCCCCUCCACUCUCCCCGGGAGCGCUGCGCUCCCUCCAGCCCCGCUCCGCUCCUUCCCGCGGGCUCUCUGCCGGCAGCCUCCCCGGCUGCCCAGCGGGCUCCCCCGCGCCGGCCCUUCCCCGGAGCCCGUCCCCUCCCCGCCACCACCAUGGCUGAAGCGCCCCAGCUCGUGGACAUCGACCCCGAUUUCGAGCCGCUGCCCCGGCCCCGCUCCUGCACCUGGCCCCUGCCCAGACCCGAGUUCAACCCGUCCAGCUCGGCCACCUCCAGCCCGGCGCCGUCCUGCGGGGGGCAGCCCGACGGGGCCGCCGCUACCUCGGCGGUCAGCGUCGAUUUCAUCGGCAACCUGAGCCUGCUGGAGGAGAACGAGGACUUCGAGCCGCCGCCGCCGCCGCUGCCCCCGGCCGCCGCGGGCGCCGCGGAAGGGGCCGCUCCCGGGGGCGGCUGCCUCUGCGGGGACUUCCAGUGCCAGGAGGCCGGCUGCCUCCACCAGCAGCAACAGCCCGGACCGCCGCUCCAGCCGCAGCCGCAGCCGCAGCCCCCGCCGGUGUCUGCCCUGUCCGCGGGUCCCAUCCCCGGCCAGCCCCGCAAGAGCAGCUCGGCCCGCCGCAACGCCUGGGGCAACCUGUCCUACGCCGACCUGAUCACCAAGGCCAUCGAGAGCGCCCCGGAGAAGCGGCUCACCUUGUCCCAGAUCUACGAGUGGAUGGUCAAGAGCGUCCCCUACUUCAAGGAUAAGGGCGACAGCAACAGCUCGGCCGGCUGGAAGAAUUCAAUUCGUCAUAACCUGUCACUGCACAGCAAGUUUAUCAGGGUGCAGAAUGAGGGAACAGGAAAAAGUUCUUGGUGGAUGCUCAACCCUGAAGGAGGAAAGAGUGGAAAGUCACCUAGGAGAAGAGCAGCAUCCAUGGACAACAACAGCAAGUUUGCGAAAAGCAGAGGAAGAGCUGCCAAGAAAAAGGCAGCCCUUCAGUCAGGCCAAGAAGGAAAUGGAGACAGCCCAGGAUCACAGUUUUCAAAGUGGCCUGCAAGCCCCAACUCUCACAGUAAUGAUGACUUUGAUAACUGGAGUACCUUUAGACCUAGAACUAGCUCUAAUGCUAGUACAAUUAGUGGAAGACUUUCUCCAAUCUUACCAGAACAAGAUGACCUUGGAGAUGGGGAUGUGCACUCUAUGGUAUAUCCUUCAUCAGCAACCAAAAUGGCUUCUACUCUACCCAGCCUUUCAGAGAUGAGCAAUUCUGAAAAUAUGGAGAAUCUUUUGGAUAAUCUCAACCUCUUGUCACCUAGUACAUCACUGACCGUAUCGACCCAGUCUUCAUCAGCGACAAUGAUGCAGCAAACACCAGGUUAUUCAUUUGCAUCACCAACCACAAGUAUAGGUUCACCAAAUCCAGACUACCGAAAAUUUACAUAUGCUCAAGCUGGCAUGAACUCUUUGCCCCAGAUGCCUAUGCAAACUCUUCAAGACAGUAAAUCAAGCUAUGGAACGAUCAGCCAAUAUAACUGUCCUGCAGGACUCCUGAAGGAGUUACUAACUUCUGAUUCUCCUCCUCACAAUGAUAUCUUGGCAUCAGUAGAUACUGGUGUUUCUCAACCUAGUGGUAGAGUAUUGGGCCAAAAUGUGCUGAUGGUCACAGAUUCAAUGAUGUCAACAUAUGGUAAUCAACCAUCCCACAACAAGAUGAUGACUCCCAGCGCCCACCCACACCAAGGACGUAAUCAGCCAACAGUUGCAGUUAAUGGUCGUGCCUUGUCACACACAGUGAACGCCAUGUCACAUACUUCAGGUUUAAAUCGUUUGUCCACAGUGAAAACUUCAUUGCAAGUGCCUAUGAGUCACCCAAUGCAUAUGAAUACAAUGAACCCUUAUGCUGCUGUUAACAGUUGCAAUGGCUAUGGAAGAGUGGGAAUUGUUUCUCUCCAUCAGGAGAAGCUUCCCAGUGACUUAGAUGACAUGUUAAUUGAACGGUUGGACUGUGACAUGGAGUCAAUUAUUCGUAAUGACCUUAUGGAUGGAGAAACAUUAGAUUUUAACUUUGACAGUGUGUUGCCUAACCAAAGUUUUCCACACAGUGUGAAGACCACCACACAUAGCUGGGUGUCAGGCUAGGAGUUAGUGCAAGGCUACAGUUUAAAGCUCUUCAGACUUGUCUGACAACAGGAACUGAGAAAAGUAGUCCAAAGAUGUCCUUCGCCCUUCUUUUAGUUUUCUUGAUAAAACUGUUCUCAUUUUUUCCUUUUGUCAAAAUUGGCAGCAAACAGACUUUUCCUGUACAGGAUGUUUGCCCAGUGUUUGCAGGUUAUGUGCUGCUGUAGAUAAGAACUGUGCCAUUGGAAAUUUCAUUACUCUGAAGUGCCAAAUUCACUACACCAUAUAAUCACAGAAAAUACUUUUGCAUCAUGUUGUGCUUUCAGUUUUUGUACAGUAUGACCUGUAGAUGGAGAAUUAUUUUUUAAAAAAAUAUCUGUUUGGUCCAAAAAAAACCCUAUAAACUUCUUGUGAUACUGUGGUGGUAUCAUGCCCUGAAUAAGUUUAACUUUUAUUGAAGUUACCCGUGUUCUGUUGAACUGAUGAAUUGAGAUAACUGUGGACUUUGUUUUGCAGCUGUAUGAACUGCCUUGUAUUUGUUAAAAUUGAUACACAUUUCAUCUGAGAAAACAGAGGCCUGGUAAAUAAGAUCCAGAUAAGCUCAUUGAAUAGUCAAUGUUCAAAACAAACAAUAGAUUAUAUACCAAUUGGUAUGUUACCAAUCUUUUUAUUAUGUAAAUUUACGCAAAAAUAUUUGUGGGUCUGAUUUCCAGAUUAAUGAAUGGUAUUGUUGGACUUGAGAGAAUAUUUGGAAUAGUUAUAAAGCUAUUUUGUUCUUAUAAUUAAAGUUUACUUUGUUAUAUAGCCUACUUAAAAAAUUUACAGAAUCUAAAAUCUGGCAGCAUUCAUAAUCCUCAUUUAUACAGUAUUUUAACUGGAUGAAGUGAACAUUUUUAUAUAUUUGCUUAGCACCUUAGAGUGCUAUUAAAGAAAGGAAAAAAAAAGCUUAAUGAGUACCUUGCAUACAAAACAUUUCUGUCCCAUAUUUUUUGGCAGAAGAGUGAUGUGUAUAGACAGACACUUUCCGUUCCAUGUUUAGGAAAUAUUUAAUCGGUUUUAUAUAUGCAUUUUUAGAAACUUCAUCAGCUCCUAUUACCGUUUUAACUCUUGACUACCACGAAGUGUUAAGUAUUCAUUGUUAGAUGCUUGUACAAUGCUUCAUGUUGUAUUUAUUUCAUGGAGGUCUCAUAAUGUUUGUGGACUCAAAAGCAGGAUCUUUGUUUUAAGAACGUUCAUAUUUUAAUAAAGUUAAUGACAGAAUUUCCAUUUGUAUUUAGCAUUAGUUUUAGGGUCUGUCAGCAUUUUUAUUAUCAGACCCUAUUUUAGGGGGCUUGAAAGUGCUACUAUAAAACUACAUGGGGGAUAGUUAUAUGCCAUUAUAUACACCAUUUCAGGGCAAGGACAUAUUUGUUCUCCAUUUCUGGGGGUGGGGAAGAUUAGUGAAAUAAACACGAGUUUUAGGGAGAAGGGAUAGCUUUAGUUACUAAGGCUUUGGUCCUGCAAACCUUUACUUUUAGGUGAUUGGGCCCAUUGAAGGGUUUACAGGAUUGGGCCUUUACUUGGUAAAUAUUUGCCGUAUUUACAUAGUUGAAUUGUGUUUUGAGGGAUGAAUGGGGAGGUAAACCUCCCUGCCUGCCAUUGAUUACUGCACAUUGUUUAUUUAAAAAAAAACAAAAAUCAACCAAAAAAUUGAGGAUUUUUAUUCUGCACUUACAAUAUUUGCAAUUUUUACAAUAGGCCCAGGGAUGGAAAUUUUUUCUGCUGUACUAUUUUCAAGUGAUCCAUAACUGGAAAGUGAUUAUAAUCCCAAUUUAGCUCCCAUCUUCUCCAUCGUCAUUCUCCGGAUCAUUUGUGGGAUGUGCCAGGAGAGUGAAGAUUAACAAAAAACACAACAUAAAAAAGUCCAUGAUAUUAAUUACAGUGUGUGCUCAGUGCUGGCAAAUCACUAAAACAGCCUGCAUUUGUCUAAUAACUUCCCUAUUAAAUUAAUAUCUGAAAUAUGAUCACAGCUCUUGGCCAUGGCACGAGCAAAAGACUCUGGGACCAGUUUCCAAAGAGCCUCCUUUUUGGUGCAUGUGCAAAAUUUUUGCUCUGCAAUGGCAAUUGACUAGAGUAAGUGAAGUACUGAGUCAUAUACUUAUUUGACCUUUAUGUGCCAAAAGAGAGACACUUUGAAACUUGACCCUCUGGGGCAGGAGCUGAACAUUCUACAUUUAACAAUUUACCUCUUAUAAUUUUAUUGCUACUGUAUAACUUACAAAUAUUUUCUUUUAUAGCUAUGAUGAGCUUGAAUGCAACAGUUCCUUAAUUAAAAUAGGCUGCAGGAAGUCAUUUGAUCAUUAUCAGAAUAGAUACUUAUAGAUGGUGGGAAUUUUGGUUCUGCAUUUUCUUUUUAUUUCGUUUGUGUGUCAAAGUUUUUAAUAUUUUUGCUUGUAACUGUGGGAUACUGUGAAAUCUAAUGAAGGGUAGUGUGUUGUCAUGAAAGCAAACAUUAUGUGACCUCUAGUAAUAAAUUCUUUUCAGUAAAAGUACCGAACUUUUGGAGUAAAUUAGUUUGUCACAAUUAUUGUAAAUGAUUGCUUUGUGAAUUGUGCAGAUGAUCUUACCUAUGCAGCUUUGGUUUUGACUUUUCUCUGGUUUGUACUGUUAUUAAAAGUAUAUUGUAUUAUAGAGCUGUUCAGAUAUUUUAAAUAUAAAGAUGUAUUGUUUCCAUAAUAUAGCUAUAUGAUGUAUGUUUAGAUAAUAGAUGCAUUAAUUGGAAAGUUCUGCUUUGAUAAACUGACAAAUUGCCUACAUGUAUAAGAAAAAGUUGUACUGCUUAUUAUUGGCUUAAGUCAACAGAGCAUCCCUAAGAAGAGAAGAGAACUUAAAAUUGGACCAAUUAUAAAAUAGUACAAAAUUUGCACUUGUUAAACCACUGGAUGUAUGUUAGUACUUUUUUUAUUUUUUUACUGAUUUGAAGUUCAUAUUUUCAUUAUGAAAUUGCUAGGAUUCUUAAUUUAUAACUGAUUUUCGAUAAGAUGUUGUCAUGUUUUUUGUAAUCAUUACGUAAAAAUGCAGUCGGUUUAUGCAAACAAACAAAAAACCUUGGCAUUAAAACUUGCCUCCUUUUUGAGGGUUGUUCCACAAACCAGCAAUAUCACCAGAGAAUGGCUUGUAAAUAUGGCUAAUUUUACUCAUGGGUGGUGUAACAACACUUCUGUGUUCCACUGCUCUUAUUCAGUAACAUCGCAGAAUUAAAGUUCAUAUUUGGAUAUUUUCAGAGAAGUGCCUGAUGUACCUACAGACACAAGAACAAUCCUUUACUGUUGUAUAAAGCCAUAAAUGUAUAUAAAUUAUGUUUAAAAGGUUUUGUGUCCUUUCUUAUAUACUGGAAAUGAGAUUUGUACCAGGAUUCUACUUGUGAUUAGCAGUUAUCAUAUUCAAACACUGUAGUAAUUACAUUCCUUACUGCCUAAUAUUUUUAAUAAUGAUGAUCCCAUUUGGACAAUCUUGUUGGCAUUAGCAAUUUUAUGUGGAAAAAUACCUCAUGGUACCAAGUCUUGGAUUUCACCAAGAUGAUACCAUAUUAAUAAGCAAACACUAACUGCAAAAUAGCUAACAGAUUUUUCCAGUACUUCAUGUAAGGUGUAUUAUCUCUUGGAAUUUCUUCUGGAAUUGGAAUAGUAUCAGGUACAGUAACUUAAUAGGGCUGUGUUAAGUAUUUUAUCACAACAUAUUGUGAUAAAACUAACUUGUUUAUAACUCUUUGGGACUAAACACAAGAAGAAUCCAUGCCUGGGUUGACAAGAUAUAUUGUGUAGAUAUACGUUGUUGCUGGAAGCCGCUUUACACAGCUCAAGCAUUGUUGCCAUUGGUUCAACAAGCCUGGUUCAGAGAAAAUUGCAAAAAUUCCUGAAAUCCCUUCAGAAUGCAUAUUUGUAAGUAUAAGCUUUUAAUAAAAUUGCUAUGACAUGA